GCCAAAUAUGUGCAGCUUUUAAAGUUUCCUGACCAUGAACCAAUAGAAUGUCGACAUGUCCGCAACAAAUAUCAGCAAUUUAAAUUUCAACUUACUACUAGAUGAGAUUGAGUCAGGUAGCAGUGGUUCGUUAGCAAAUGUUAUUCGCAAGCUACGAGAGAGUGAGUUAGCAGCUUUCAAAGCUCGUAUGGGAGGUCCAACAGGUGAACUACUAGCCAGUUUCAUAGCAUCCCUUGAUCUGCGCGCAUCAGAGCAUAAUGCAGAAAUAGAAAAGACCUGCAGCUAUCACUACCAAAGUUUCGUUGAUUCCACACGUGAGUUACUUGAAAUCCAGCAAAAUGCAGAAAAGCUUGAAAAGGAUUUACAAACACUAAAUGUAGAGCUGGAAGUUACAGUUAAUAAGUUUAGUGAAUCGUGUGACAAAUUAGCCGCUUGUAAACUCACUUUGGAUCAUGUUAAUCAAUGCAUUGAGGCAAUUCAAAUCAGUCUUCCGAUAUUAGAACAAUACUCUCGCAUUGAGCAAAGUAUUGCUGACGGAAGGUACUAUCAUGCCUUGAAAAAUCUUGAAGACCUAGAGCAUUCUCAACUGGAUCUAAUUCGCCCGUUCGCAUUUUCUGAAAUCAUAAUUCAUCGCAUACCGAAAACAAGAACGAGAAUCAAGAAUGCAAGUCUUGAUGAAUUAACUGAUUUUCUUGAAUACAUACGGAAAAAUUCAAUAGUUCUUGGUGCAUUUGCUAUGCGAGAAGCAGCACAAGUAUCUGGAAUAGAUAGUGAAGCACUUUGCGAUACCUUGGCAGUUAAUGGAUACAAAGAAGCACAGGAUGUAAGCAAAAAACCAAAUAACGAAUCACAACAACAAGUGAUGUUGAAAUCGUUAGUUCACAAAGCAUCCGUUAAUACGAAUACUGAUAGUUUAGAUAAUGAAUUAGAAAUGUUAACUCAAAUUGUUACAAAUAAAAAUCAUUCAUGGAUUACCAAUGAUGAUCAUGGUGAAACAGAAAUGACAAUAAAAACUCAAAUAAAUGUUAAUAAUGAUGAUAAUUGUUGUAAUCGAACAUAUUCAAAAGUGGAGGAUUUAGUCGAUUUCGGACCAGUGUAUCGAUGUUUACAUAUUCAUUCUGUAUUGAAUGAACGAGCGGAAUUUGAACGACAUUAUUGUACUCAACGACGAAAACAGUGUCAAUUAAUUUUGAGUUUAUCACCAAAUCAACAAGUCGAAAUGCGUAAUUAUGGUGAAUUUUUCAGUGGAAUUUGUGGAUUUUUUGUAGUUGAUGAUUUUAUUCGUCAUACAUUAUCUGGUUCAUCAGUAUUUUAUCAAACAUAUUUAGAUGAAUUAUGGGUACAUACAAUGAAUCGUUUAAUAGAUUUUGUGCAUGUUAAUGCAAAAUCAUGUGAUUCACCAAAUGAUUUAAUUAAAUUAAAAGAUUAUUUAAUUAUUUUUGAAAGAACUAUGCAAAAUUUAGGCUUCCCAAUAACUGGUCUAAUUGAAACAAUUGGUAUUGUUCAGCGAUACUAUCAUAGACUAUUAGCUAGUCAAUGGAAGUCUAAAUUUGAAACAAUAAUUGCAGAAGAUAGUUAUGAAACAAUUAAAAUAUCAAAUUCGGAACAGUUAGCUGAAUUUCUUGAAAUGUAUCCACCAGGCGAUACAGUUGAGUUUUCUGAACUUCCAUUUCCUAAACAGUUGUGCUUUUCAUGGAUGGUACCUAAAAUUUAUCAGACUGUUCGUGAAUACAUUAAUUUGUGUUAUCGGUUUUGUGAAAAUAUGGAUUUAGCAUACACAGAACUAGAGGAUACAAUUAAUCGUGCUACAAAUUUCCUAUUCAGUCAAUGUUUAAAUACAGUUUUAACUUCGGGCGUUCGUUCAUCUUUACGUCAAUUACCUCGACUUACGCAAUUCUGUAUAAAUUUGGAUGAGUUAGAAACAGUUUGUGGGCAUUUGGAUAACUAUCUUCAAUACACCUUGCUAGAUGAGGCUUCAAGUAUAACCAGUGGUCGUCUAAAAGAUUUCGCAAUGAUUAGGGAUAAUCAGCGUGCAGAUUCAGAUAUGACUGCAUCAGUUACGCUAAACUCUGGAGCUAAUCCACCACGUAGCCGAUUACAAGGUGCAUCACUACUUAAAGAUAUACGUGUAUUGGUUGAAGAUCAAAUUUGUAAUCAUUUAAAGGAUAAUGUUGCGAAAUUCAUUAAUUUAAGUAACUAUGAUGAUACUGAUGAUAAUAAUAGUGGUCAUACUAACAAUAAUACCAAUAAAAAUGAUCAAUUAUUAAAUAAUUCUCAAACUGUUGAUGGACGUAAUGGUGUAAGUUAUGUUACUAAUACAAAAAUCAAACCAACUGAAAAUAUUGUACAUUUAACAUCGUGGUUAAAAUCAGUGUUCGAUUCAUUUUCAAAUCUUCCGCCGAAAAUCGCUCAAACUGCUUGUAUAUCAGUCUGUAAACAUAUUGCUCGUUUAUUGUAUGAUGUUUUAUUUGGUUCUCAAGUGCGUUCUCUUUCUGAAACGGGUCUUCAACAAUUAAGUAUUGAUCUGUCUUUGUGUGAAUCAUUUGCACGUUCACAACCUGUUCCAGGCCUAGAUCGUACUACUCUUUGGUUAAUUUUUGCUGAUUUAAGACAGUUAUUGGAUUUAUAUCACAAAGAUGAUUGGACUUCAUACAUUGCAUUUCGUAAAAAUGUUACUGGAUCGGGAAAAUAUGGUAUUUUUGUCUUUUUUUGACAGAAAAAUAAUAGAGAUGAGUGUAUUUUUGUUGGAAAAAUUUCAUCUCGAUAAGUCCUGCUAAUUGAACGGUAUAUUCGGUUCCUAAGCUAUUCUCGUAACCACCAAACUAAAACAACACAGCGACCUGAACAUGAGAUAAAAGGCGCAAAAUAUGCGAGAAGCAUUCUACUCCAAAGGUUCGUUUUAGUACAGAAAAUAUAGGGUUUUUAUAGUUUUUUAGAUUUCUCUGGGUUUCCCGAAAAUUCUGGGAUGAUACUGUGGUGUGAGCUACUUAUAUUGAUAUAAGUAGUAUAUAACGUGCGUUAAAAGAACGUAAUGUCUGGCAGCAUAUGGCGAAGAUCAAGAAAAGUGGAGCGAGAACACAAUGGAAUUUGUAAGAAAACGCAUGAACAAUGGAAUGGGAGACAAUGGAUUGGUGUUUGCAACAGAAACAGUCCAAUUUGAUUUGAUGCGUUGACGAUUUAUUAUAUGGUAUUCGGAUUUUGUUGAGAUAGUCUGUAACUGUUGUGCAAAAUACAUCUGUUUGUCUCCACCCGUGUUCUUGUUCACUACAAUACUAAACAUAGUAGCGGAAUAGUAAUCAACCUGUCAGAAACUCUACAUGUGACUUUCCACUUUCUUGAUGUUUUUGGCUAAACUUCUACUGCACGCUAAUUGGACAAAAUGCUUCUUAGUGUUUCCUGAGCCUUUCUUGCCUUUUGCGAGAAGUUUUCUGGAUCACCCCAACACAUCUGUAUACUUGAUUAAAACAUUUCUAAUGGUUACAUAGAUAAAUAUAUUAGAAAAUAAUAAUAACUUACUUAUUAGUUGCAAUUUUUUGUACUCAGCUCUAAACUACACUUUGAAUUGUGUAUUGGCUAGCGAUUACUACUGUGGACUGCCUAAAUUGUAUUAUGAUAAGUGGAUUUUAUUUACUUGGACACAUAAGUAUUGAUAUAAAGGGGUACUCAAUACAUGUGCGCCACACAAGUCACUUGGUUUAUGUGUGGGCUGUGAUACUGUCCAGGUACCUAGACCGAAGCAGGUGGUUUCUUUAGGCGGCCACAUCCCGAGUCUUUGAGCUGAAGGUCUGAUCCACGAGGCAGUGGAGGAACGUUGGAAGAUGCAGUUCCAUGGUAGCCGGUGACCAACGAUAGGUUCAUACGCCGUUUGUUUCCUUAGGAUCAUGGAGCCCUUGUGCACCAUUGGUUUGGAAUCAGGGUUUUCCAACUCCCCUAACUGGAUGAUCCAUAUCCUCCAACCCGGUUAAAGCGUUGAGCAUUCGCUUUUCGUCCUCUCGAUUUCGUAAACAACACCCGUGGCGCGAAAAGGCAGUGAGCAGGAUUUCUCUGGCAGUGACUGUAUACACGUGGCCAUGUGAGAGCAUUUCGAGAGGGAGAGUUGACUCUCCCCACACUCGGCCGUACCAUGCGUUAAGUAGAGUUUAAAUCUAUACAACGCAAUGGUUGAAAUCUUUUAACUGCUAAGCUACUGUUUUAUCAUGAAUAAACAUUAAAUCCCUUGCUUUAUUGCAAACUAACAAUUUGUUGACAAAUACAUAUUGUACUAAUUAAUAUACAAAUAAGCUGUAAAUAAUUAAAUCAAAGGAUUUUAUUGUCUUUUGUAGUGAGUUCAUUUUAAUCUUUUCUGAGCAAGUUUAAUGAGAUAACUCUUAAGAAACUAAUUAUUGUUCAAAUUAUCUUUUUAGUAAUGAAAUUUAUCGUGCAGAUCUAUAAACUAUCAGACGAUAUUUUAGUAUACACACAGUGAUGAUAUUUAUCAUUUAAGUUUCCUGCUACAAUAUGUAAAAUCUACUUUUGGUACAUUUUAGUCCAUCCUACAUAAACGCAAAUCUUACUUCUAUAAUGUAAUUCAUAUACACAAUCAUUCUAGGAUUAUAAACUUUUCAUUAUUGUCUUUUGUUUUCCAAGCAACAUUUCGUGGAACAAUUUAUACAGCGAAUUGGUAUUAGACUUAAAAGUCGUAAGAGUUAUUGUAAAAAUAUUAAGGUUCUUUUCUAGUUUAUCUUAGUGAAGUUUUACUAAAAUAUAAUUUACAAGUUAAUUUCAAUGUCUUUAUAACACAAAUAUUGUUUUUUUUUUUAAUUAUUUCAAAUCAUUAAUAGGCAGUGCUUAUGAUCGUGUUCCACCGAGUGUAGCAAUUAAACUAUUAGAACGUUUACGUGAUUCCGAUAAAAAACGUACUGGAUUCCUUCAAGCAAUGCGUAAAGAGGAACGUGGUCGAAAGAAAAAACUCGAGGAUAUAAUUCGUCAAUUACGUGAAUUAAAUGUGACACCCCGAAAUAAUUAAUCUUAAACUUUCAGAAUUAGAAAGGGAAAAUAAUGGAACUUAUCUAGAGCGGAAUAUCACCAUUUCUCUCAUUUGCUUUAUACACAUUCAAAACAGCUUCGUCAGUUUCCAUGCUGUUAUAUAUAUAUAAAGCCUACAUAUUUUCAUGUAAAAAGUUACACACUGAUUUUUUGAUUUAUAUGUUCUUUUGUUUCUUUUAUCACCAAAUAUGUACACAUAAAUUUGUAAAAUACUACAUAUUUUUUAUUUAUAACUAAAACAAUACAAAUGUUAAUUCCUUGAUUACUCAAUGGCUUUUUUAUGAAAAUUCAUUGUAUUUCGAUGAUCUGAUCUUUUUGUUUUAAUUACAUUUUAGGUAUGAGAACUAGUGAUACCGGUAAUACGCAAACUAAAAUGAAGUCUUCUGAACCUGCCACUAUACAGUUAAAUGUCUUAGCCACUAAGCCAUCUCCCCAUAUAUGAAAUGGUUUACCUCGGUAUCCUUAAUUAUGGUGUAAUAUUAUGUUACAUUAGGUACUGAAUGUAUUCAAUUUACAGGAAGCUUAUCAAUUGUUUUUGACCGUCAUAUCAUAAUCAUUUGGAGCAACAAAUAUGUGUCAUACUUUAUUAAGAGAUUUCUAUGAGGACUGAAAAGUGGACAAUAUAACAUUGAAUCUUUCCUGAAGAAAUUAGUUAAUGUGCUCAUUGGAUAUGACAUACUAAUUUAUUGUGUGUUGAUAUAGUGGUAAUUUCAUUAAUGCUUAUUGUUUCGUGAAUAUAAUUGGAAGGAUCUAGAGACUUCGUAUUUCACAUUAAACAUAGUUUGCAAGUGUGACUGUUUUGUGUUUUCUCUUAUUGGCUUUAUGUCAGUAAUAAAAUGUUUUAAUUUUUAUCAAGCGUAUUGUUCUACAGUAUUCUAUUAAUGCUAUGAUAGACAAUAGUGAAUAGUCAUUGAUCAUCUUGUGAUCUUUAUUUUUAUCAGAAUGGGUUUUGUGGAGAUUUUAGAAAUUUAAAAGAUUGAAAUCAUGAGUCAAUUGAAG